AUGGAUAUCAUGAAGGCCGACCCGAAAUAUAGGCACCCUUGUUCGUACCCAUUUAUGUUUCUCAGCGGAUGGGUCGGGCCAAGAAUAGACGAGCCCACUAAGCAAGACCAUGAGAAGAAAGGAGCUGACGUGUCGCAUGGCGUAGAGGACACCUCGGAAGCCAUUGAACCCGUUGAGCCUCGACUAAGCGUGAGGGGUUCAAUUCGUGUCUCCAUUAAGGACCUGUUUUCUUCUUCAAGACCCACAGCUUCCCUUCUGCAUGCUGAUAUUGCUCUGAUUACCUGUUUUAAGAUUAUACAAUCAAAUGUGUUGUAUAUUAAAUUGACUGUUUUGAUAGUUACAUGGUCAUUGGAUUUUGAAGAAUGGGGCAAUUUAGGGGAUGUUGGUUCUUUG